UUACAACUAAAGGACUUGCUCGCCCACACAUAGGGAUGGAAAGCGGAUGGUUCCUUCGAGCUGUUUUCGUCUUACCAUGGCUCGGUUUCUCCAAAACACAACACACACCUGGACCAGGUGUGUCCUGCCUCCGAUCGAGUCCAGCCGACGGACACACGCUCCUCACCUUUCUGCGCCAUGGCGCCAACGGUGCGCGCUUCUUGUAUAUCACCAAAUGGUCUGAUGACCUGCGGCUGGCAGGCUGCGAAAUCUAUUCAGAUCCAGAUGUCACCGGAGGAUAUCGGGCCUUUUGCAACAGAAAUGAGACCUGGAAUCAAGAACUUAAGAAGUUUAACAUCAGUCUCUUGCUGUUCCCGGAUGCUCCGUGCGCACUCGUACGUUCCGUGGUUCCCACACCGGAGCUCACCGGGCGGAGGACUGAUGAGACAGAGAGAAAAACCCGGAGGAAACGAUCCUGGAUAUUUCCAGGCACGUUGUGGUGUGGCACUGGAAGUAAAGCGGCCGGAUACGAACAAUUGGGCAUGUUCGAGAGAACAGAUAAGUGUUGCCGUGAACACGACCACUGCUCAGACAUCAUCCCAGCUUUCACAGUGAAUUAUGGCGUCUUCAACCCCAAUUUCUUCACAGUCUCACACUGCGAGUGUGACCAAAGGUUUCGACAGUGCCUUCUGGGCAUGAAUGACAGCAUUUCAAGUAUGGUGGGCUACAGCUUCUUCAACAUCCUGAAGGUUCCCUGUUUUGACCUGAAGCAGCUGAAGCACUGCACACAGAUGUACUGGUGGGGAAUGUGCAAAAAAGCCAGUGAGGCUCCUUAUGCCGUCUUCAAAAGCCCCCAACCUUACAACAGCUCUGAUGUUAUAGGCAAACAUGUUCACACAGACAGCAAGAAUUUAACAAGCAGUAAAGAGCAGCAUUUAUCUGAGAGGCCUGCGUCUAACCCUCAGAGGAAGGCAUCUCAAUCUAAACAUAGAUGUGGCCUCAGAGACCCACCUAGAGGAGAUACGUUUCACCGCAGAAGGACAAAGGGGAAUGGAUGCAAAAGGCAAGAAAAACUCUCUGGAGAAGGACCUUUACAAAAGCCCAAAACAGUCAAAAAGGUACAUGUUUCUAAAAGGAAAAGAGGCGAAAAAACGAAGAAAAGGAGAAAGGACUUUUCUGGUCUUGCACAGAAAAGCAACAUUCCACCGGUCAUCCCUACAACUACCUCGACACAAAUAUCACCUAAAGCAAUUCCUUCACAUUUUCCAACAUUAGCGAGGAGGCUGAAUUUUCAGGAAGACUCGAAUAAAGCCAAAGGAGUAACCAAACAAGCAAAAAGUAAAAAGAAAGCCCCAAAGCACAGUAAAUGCUGUGGAUCCAGCGUGUCUGUGAGCAGGGACAUUCCUCGGUUGCGCUGUAAAAUCUGUGUAAAACGAACAGCAACUCCCACAACAACUGUUACGCCAACAAAUACAUAUGCAGGGGGAUUACCAGUUAAUCAUAAGGGAACACAUUUGAAAUAUAAAGCAGGAACACCCAGCCAGGAAACUCUAGCAACUAUUUGGAGUGCAGCUACGGUUGCAACACCCAUUACAAGAGAACAAAAGAUGAUGGCCUCUCUUCAUAAAAAGGACAAACCACAAAAGCAGUUGGAUUUCCAUCUAUUGUGGAAGCAGGCAGGUCAGCAGCCCUUGGGUCAUACUACCACCCAAAGGAUCCGUGCAGAGAACAUCCUGGUAAAAAAUGAUGAGAAACACAAUAUGACAGAUAAUGAGCUCCUGUGCCGAAGCCUCAAACAUCUGGAUGAUUGUAAAUUUAAAAUUCCACCUUUGGAGAAGAAAUAUAAUCUGACAAACAUGGAGUCCAAAACAGCCUAUCACUGUGACUGCACAAGCCGUUUGGCAGUUCAAAUCAAAAAUGUAAAGAAACCAAGUCCUCCUCGCUCUCUCUUGAGGGAUUUUGUCUCUCAAGACUGCUUUACUCUGCCAAAGGAGAAUAAAUGUAAUCACACAAAGAGAUGUUCUGGAGGUUUCAUUAAAGCCUCUGAACUACAUCAAGCACUUAAGAAGAGAGAAGAAGGAAAAGACUCUGCCACGAUGAGAUUUUCAACUAGCGGCAGGAAAAAAAGGAUUCCUCUCCAUCUUCAUAAGUAUUGCCUAAGGCUGCAGAUGAGAGUGGAUAUCAUGGUGCAGCUCAAAUGAACAUAGACUGAACUCUGUGCAGUAACUAGGCUGCUUAAGAACUUUAUCAUCUUUCAUGCAGAACUGUCUUUAGAAGAGGAUUUCAUCUUUCACUACCAAAAGAAACAAGUUUUGACAUGAAUGUGCUUCAUGCAUUUCCCUUAUUAUUCCCUGCUCACAGUAAUGCCUUUUUUUGGUUUAUCAUAAAAAUAAUGAUGCAAUAUUAUUGCACAAGUCUGAGAGGGUCCCUCUGGUAAAGGUUGAUAAUGCAGAGGGUUGGAAAACUGCUAAUAGGCUACUUUACUUCUUAACCACUGUUGUGUGGUGCAUCUUGUCAAUUGAGAUCUUUAGCAUGGGACUGUUCUGUUGUGUGAAGUUUUAUAUGUCAAUCCAUCAGAAAUAGAGCGGCUUCAAAAACAAUUCCUGGUCUCUGUACCUUGGAGAACUGGCUGCUGAGCAGAUGAGUCCAGUGUGAAUUUGUUAGUACAAAAUAUGAAGGGCAUACUAUACUUUGAUUAGCACCUCUGAUGUGUAUGGAAUGCCAGAGUGGCCAAAUGACUUGAAUUGGCAACACAUCAAUGAUUUGCGAACAACACAUAUUUUACGCAUGAAAGAAAUUGAAAAAGUUAAAAAAUUCUGACCUCAUUCGACAUACAUAGACAAACUGUCCUUGUUUGUCACAUUUACUUAUGUGAGGGGUCAUAAACAGAGUCAGAUACAGGCGACGCAGAAAAAAAGAACAAACUCCAAAAGAUUUGUUUACAAAUUAAAUCUACAGUGGCAUGAAAAAGUGCUCGCCCCCGUUCCUGAUUUCCGAUUAUUCUGGAUGUCUGUCACACUUCAGUGUCUCAAAACAUUAAACCAAUUUAUAUAUUUGCCAAAGACAACAGGAGUAAACAAGUUGUACAUUAAUAAGGGAGAAAAAAAGAAAAAAAAUUCAAAUCGACAUGGUCCUACAGGUAAAAAGUGAUUGCCCACUAAACCUACUAACUGGUUGAUCCACCCCAAAUAGCAUCAGCUGCAUGCACCAUAAUUCACUGUAAUUCAACCACAUUGUAGGGUAACACAAGUGUACGAAAAGAAAACCAGGAAGGGGGAAAUUUCACACGAGUGUGUAUUCUUUUCAAUUAUUUUUUGGUUAAAUAGGAAUUAUUAAGCUUAUUUUUUCAGCAU